AUGAGAACAUAUUUCAUGUGUUUGUUAUUAGCAAUUGCUUUAGACUCAAUUCUAUAUCUAAAAGGCAGUGUUACCAUUGAAUCUAGUGGAGACAACAGAUCUAAUGAAACAAUAAAACAAAGAAUAUCAGAUUCAAGAAGACAAGAUUCUGACAUCAGGAAAACGGAAACGAGAGAUAAUAGAAAUAGACAAUCUCGGGAAAACAAGGAAGAUUCACAAUCAAGUACAAAUGAUGAUGUCGGAUUCCAAUCCUCACAACGAAAAUUCCAACUGAAAUACUCAAAUCGAAAAAGAAGUGAUAUUUAUACUACCGGUUACCAAACAUUCCUCGGAAAACGUAGACGAGGCAGUAAAUCACAUGUGAAAACCAUAUUCAGAAGACGUUCUGGCUACGAUCGCAAUGGUCAAAAGAAACGAACUACCACAUUCGAAAGUUAUGGUGAGGCAGACAGUUUCGAUAGAAAGAAAAUACGUGAUGUGUUCGAUGUGAAUGGAUACAUUUCGGAGGGUCGGAGGCGUAGUAAACUCGGUGGAUACAUCCAAGAAGAACAACAUGCGUUUAUGUCAGGUGGACAUAAGUCGCAACUUUCUCGAAAUGAUGGCAAAUUUAGUGAGGGUGGAAGUCAAUUUGCAAAUGAAACUCAUAAUCAUAGAUCUCAUUCUGACUCUCAGGAUCACAUUAAAAUUAGUGCAAACAGUACCCUACAACGACGUCGGAGAUGAAUUAAAUAAAUAUCUUAAAUUUACAUGUCCACACGUUAAUGAAGAUUCCUUGUUCGAAAUUAAUACUCAAUUUCCCAUUACUGUUUCUUCGUGAAUCACAUCAAAUUAAACUAUAUCAACCAUGAAUUAGUGACAUAAACUGACAAUGAAUUCCAUCCAUCAUCUGUUCACAUCAACAAUCAAUAUGAUUUUGUACCUACCAAUCA